AUGGCAUCAAAGGGGCCGGCGAGCGCAUCGGCGGGCUUGACGAAGACGACGGGGCUUGGGGGGACUUCGUCCAUUGUGAAUGACGCUGCUGACUCUAGCCCUUGCCAACCCGUCAUUAACUUGGGUCAAGGUUUCUUCGGUUACAAUCCUCCUCAGUUCGUAAUUGAUGCUGCCAAAAGCGUCUUUGACCGUGUUGAUUGCAACCAAUACGCCCCAACAAAGGGCAGAAUGAGUCUUAAGAAAGCCAUCGCGGAUAUGUACUCGAAGCUCUUCGACCGUCCUAUAAAUCCAGAAACAGAAGUGACCAUCACGACGGGUGCAAACGAAGGAAUGCUGAGUGCCUUUAUGGCAUUUCUUGAUCAAGGGGAUGAAGUCAUCGUUUUCGAGCCCUUCUUCGACCAGUAUAUCAGCAACAUCCAAAUGCCGGGGGCAAAGGUCGUGUACGCCUCGCUUGUGCCUCCAAAAGUCGGCGGCAGAGAAAGGACAUCGGCCCGGGAUUGGACUGUGGAUAUAGAUCAAUUGAAGGGAUUGAUCACUCUAAACACGAAAAUGAUCGUUCUGAAUUCUCCACACAAUCCCAUCGGAAAAGUCUUCACGCGAAACGAGCUGCUUGCUAUCGGAAACCUCUGUGUGAAGCACAAUAUCAUCAUGCUGUCCGAUGAGGUCUACGAUAGUCUCAUGUAUGUCAAGGGGACACGACUCUCUACACUAUCCCCUGAGAUAGAGAGACUCACUCUCACGGUCGGAUCCGCGGGAAAGAUGCUCUACUGCACAGGUUGGCGUGUAGGAUGGCUCAUCGGGCCUCCGCAUCUCAUCCAGUACGUCGCGGCCGCCCAUACACGCAUCUGCUACAGCAGUGUAAGCCCGCUCCAGGAAGCUGUAGCAAUUGCCUUCAAACAGGCAGAUAGCCUUGGAUUUUGGGAAUCGAGUCGCCUGGAGAUGCAGGGCAAGAUGCGGCGGUUCAACGAUGUUUGGGAUGAGUUGGGGCUACCGUAUUCCAUCCCAGAAGGUGGCUAUUUUGUUCUCGCCAACUUGAGCAAGGUCAAAAUACCGGACGACUACAAGUUCCCUCCUCACAUUUUGGAGAGACCCAGGGACUUCAAGCUCUUCUACUUUCUUGUCCAAGAACUGGGUAUAGCGGCUGUUCCUCCUACAGAGUUCUACAUUGACGAGCAUGCCCACAUGGUGCAUGAUCAUUUGCGGUUCGCAGUAUGCAAGAAUGACGAGGUAUUGGAAGAUGCAAAGGAACGACUCAGGGGUUUGAAGAAGUUCAUUGUUUGA